GGGUGCUGUUUUGCUCGCUGUGUUUUGAUCGCGAUACCGAAAAGUGCUUUUUAAGUUUAUUUAUCUGCUAUCAAAAUGGGUAACAAAUCAUCUCUCUUGUUGCGUGAGGAAGAAAUUGCCCAAAUUCACGAAGAAACUGGAUUUACACCAAACCAAAUAGAACGACUGUACUCUCGCUUCACUUCGCUUGAUCGUAACGAUUGCGGAACGUUGUCGCGGGAAGAUUUCCUGCGCAUCCCGGAGCUGGCCAUUAAUCCGUUGUGCGAACGUAUCGUCCACUCGUUCUUUGCCGAUAGCAACGAUGAUCGGGUUAACUUCCGCCAGUUCACCCGUGUCCUUGCACACUUCCGACCGAUCAAGCCGAACAAGGAGAACCGUCUGAACAGCCGCGAAGAGAAGCUCCGGUUUGCGUUCAAGAUGUACGAUCUUGAUGAUGAUGAAACGAUCUCGCGCGACGAGCUACUUAAUAUUCUGCAGAUGAUGGUAGGAGCCAACAUUAGCCAGGAUCAGCUGAACAGCAUCGCCGAGCGUACAAUCAUGGAAGCGGAUACCGUGGGAGGGGGCAAAAUUUCAUUCGAAGACUUUUGUCGCGCAUUGGAACGAACGGAAGUGGAGCAGAAGAUGUCGAUCCGCUUCCUCAACUAGAAGAGGAUACGAAGGUUCUACGAACAAAGAUCCAAACGAUCCAUGACCGCGGCAGCGGGGCAUGGGUUGCUUCUUCCUCAUUCCUGUGUGUAGAUAUUAGUUAGAAAAUUUCCAGAGGCACAAAACUUAUUCUUU